GCGGCCAUGAGCGCCGCGCUGGUGGGGUACAGCAGCUCCGAGGAGGAGCAGGAGCAGGAGGAGGAAGGGGGGAGCCGGGGCCGCGGAGCGCAGGGGCCCCCUGGGACCAGCGCCGGCCGCCCCCGCCUGCCCGCGCCCGCCGGCCUGCCGGGAGACCCGGACCCGGAGGAGGCCGUGAGCGAUGACAGCUCCCGGCACGGCGGCCGCGUGCGCGGCUUCCCCCACGAGCGGGGCAACUGGGCCACGCACGUCUACCUGCCCUACAUUGCCCAGGAGGAAUUCCUGGAGCUGCUGGAGCUGCUGGUGUCCCGCGCCCGCACCUACGUCCCGUCGCUGGCUGCCAUGGAGGAGUUCCACCUGAGCCUCUCGCAGUGCGUGGUGCUGCGCUACCACUGGAUUGAGCCCUUCGUUCGCUCGCUCAGGGAGCGCCUGGCCGCCUUCCACAGGUUCUUUUGCGUGGCUGACCAAGUGAAGGUUUACACCAACCAGAACAAAACCAGGACCUUUAUUGGCUUGGAGGUCUCUGCUGGGCAUUUCCAGCUGCUGGAGCUGGUCUCGGAGGUGGAUGGCGUUCUAGAGGAAUUUGACCUUCCCACAUUCUACAAGAACCCAUCGUUCCACAUCAGCUUGGCCUGGUGCGUCGGGGACCUGUCUGGCAGGCUGGAAGGGCAGUGUCUGCGGGAGCUCCAGGACAUUGUGGAUGGGUUUGAGGAGUCAGCAUUCCUGCUGCGUAUCCAAUGGGAGCAAAUCCGCUGCAAGUCAGGGAACAAGUACUUCUCCUUCCCCUUGAGGUAGGGGCGGGUGGGGCUGUGCCUUUUGGAGCCUGGAAGAGCCUGACACCAGAACAAGGACCGUGGUCUGGCACAGCUCUGCGUGGCGUGGGCUGUCACGCACCUCUGCGCUCUUCUUGCCUGCUCAGCGUCUCUGCGGUGUUUGUGGCCUCAAGUCGGGCCACUUCCAGUUUGAGCUGCUGGCUGAAGAAAAGUGUGUUUGUAGCAGAUUUCAUCCUCGCUGCUGGAUGUGCUGCCGUCAGCACUGGCGGUUCCAGAGAUCCCACGGUCGCUAAUUUCACUGACUUUUUUUAAAAAAGAAAAAAAAAAUCUUCAAAAGCCAUAGAUGCCUUAUGGGAAGGAGGAAGAAGGUAGCGUGGGAAGCUGCUACUAAAGGGAGAGUGUCUCACACAGUGGGAAGUAGCACUGCCAGAUUGUUGGGAGGCUCUGGGCAUGUUUUGAGUAGCAAGAGGGAAGAACAUGGAGCUGGAUCCUCUUCCCUGAGUGUUUUCCUACUGUAAGCCAGCUUGGACAAGCUCCUGAGUCAUGUUGUGUCCCUCUCCCACUGCUGCUGCUGCCUCUGCAGAGACAUUUGAGAGUCUGAUCCUUUUGCCAAAGGACAAGAGCUUGCUGCCAGGUGUGGGUGAGCCCUGGAACGGACAGUGUCAGUGUUUGCCUAGGCUGGGAGGGCAGUGCCCACAGGUGAGUCAAGGGGUGGCGGCUCCUGCCCAGGCUCCACACUUUUUCCCCGUGUGAUCAGCACCCCAGGUGGAUGAUGAUCCAGGGGAUUGCAGGCUGGACACUGUCCCUUGGGAGAAACUCCUUUUUAAUCCUUUUGUCCUUGUGGCUGGUCAGCUGCAACUUCUCAGGUAGUUGGAACAGGAUGCUGAUGUGAUGCCCUGAGUCUUUUAUUCCAUGUCUGUCCAGGACUUCUGAGCAGUAAAAAUCCGUUUCCUUGUGUCAUAAAA